AUGGGAUGCUGCUCUACCAGAGAUGUAAAAGAAAUAUAGUCUAAAGAUAAAUCCAAAUUUGAUAUCGACCCAAAAGCUGAAGAAGAGUGCAUGGAAAUAGAAAAUACAGCAAUGGGCUUGCCAAGUCUUAUUAGUGAAGCUCGAGAUAUGGGCCUUCUUGACUUAGAAAAUGAAAAAGACCCUAAGAUUUGGGAUCUUUGAACUUAUUAUUUAGAACUCAAUGAAAAUGCGCAGUGGGAUCCUGUUUUAUAUGAGCCAUGGCUUGAUAUUAAAAAGAUUGAUUCAUCAAAAUACAAUUCUGACUACCCAGUAUCAAACGCAACUAUCACAUUUUCACAUCAAAUCCCUCUAAAAAUACUUUUAGAGCAGCUUAACGUGCCUGAAGAAAGAAUGAAAUGGGACAAACAUUUCAUUAGAUUUGAAAUAGUUGAUGGAAAAUUUAUGAAUAACUAUGUAACAUAUCGGCAAAUAGGAGCAUUUGGGUAUAAAGGAGAUUUUCUAGAUAGAAGAGUUGUCGCAAUUUAUAAAGACACAGUAGUUAUUAUAUUUUAUGCAGAAAAUGACGAAUUAAGGCCUCCCACUAAAGAUUUUAAUAGAGCUAAAAGCAUUAUUGGGAUUCACGUAAUUAAAGUUGGAAAUGGAAAAACAGUCAUUCAGCUUGUACAGCAAUCUGACCUCAAUAGCGCAUUGGCAAGAUUAGUUGCAAAAUUAGGUCCAAAGAAAAUGAAAGAUUGAUGCAAAGAGCUUGUAAAAAGAAUAAACUCGGUCCAUCCAAACUCAGCAAUUCAAGAACAAACUUUGACAGUGUAA